UUAAUAAGGAGAUAGUAUUAUGUUUUAGAAUUCCAUCAUUAUCGUUAAGCUGUUAACUAGAACAUUUUUUUGCCAAUUGUUGGAGUGUUUUAUACAGUAUCUAGUCCAUGUUAGACUCCACAACAGCAACAACUCCCCAUGUCAGCAUUCACAAUAGACACAGAUCUACAUAAGCUUUUAAUUCAACAACAAACUGUUUACGUUUUAUCUUUAAUGUUUGUUUUAGUUAGUUUUGUUUCUUAUAUUGUUUGAUAGCUGUCUUUGUUUCAUUGGUGUUUAGUAUACAGCGUAUAAGCUAGCUAUAAAAAGAAGUUAGGCUCUCUGCUUUCGCGUUGUUCUGUUCUUUCUUCUUUACAUAAUUUUCUCUGUAAACAAACAGUGAUGAGAGAAUAAAAUUUUUCUUUUUUGUUUUUCUACUUCUUUUCUUAAUUUAAUAUCAGAGAUUAGAAACCUUCAACAAUGGAGAAUCAGUUUUCCUAUCCUCUGCAGUCAAGAACUUCCAAUACAAUAGAGACCGAUCCUGUGCGCACACAUCUUAUCACAGCUACACCAUUUCCCAGCACAAUUCUCAAGCUCGAUGCAAGUAAUUUUUUGAUCUGGAAGCUUCAAUUUUUGCCGAUUCUCAGAGGCCAUAAGCUGGAUAAAUUUGUCCUCAAAGAUAAGCCACCAUUUAUGCAAGAAAUUGGUGCCCUAGAGUGUGAAAUUGAUGAAGAAAUUCUCAAUCGUUAUUCUUCGGAACAGCAACUUUGGAUUUUACAAGAUCAAUUGCUUCAAGGUUGGAUUGUUGCAGCAAUUUCGCCUUCCGUUGCUGGUUUGGUGAUAGGCUUGAAGACCUCUCGUCGAAUUUGGAAGAUGAAAUCUAUGGCUGAUCAAAUGGCAACUGGAGGGGGUUCUGUUUCAGAAGAAGAUCUUGUUUCCUACAUCUUGGGAGGUCUUGGUCCAGAAUAUGAAAUGCUAAUAGACAAGCAGCUGAGAGUGAUUAUCCUUAAAGGAGUGUUUGAUGCUGGACUAUACAAAUUGGACUUGUCAGUUGAACUUAAAGCAGGAGCUGACAACAGGAUCUUUGAUCCCUUAUUCCAAAAUAAAGCUACUGCAGUUUCUCCACAGAAGUCUUCUUGUAAUCAACAACUUGCCGAGGUUAAUCUUCAAGUUCCUUCUCAACUGGAAAUGUGUAAUAGUCAAACAGAUUCUUGGAAUCACUUCACUUUUAACAAUGUUGCUGAGACAGAUGCAUCUAGUUCAAGAGAUACUUUGGUUGAUGAAACUUGUAAUGCUUUGGUUGUUCACAAUAAUAAGCAUGUAGAUGACAAUUUUAAUGUUUUACAUCAAAGAUUAGGACAUCCUUCAGUUGUAGUUUUACAAAAAAGUGUUGACUCUUUGUAAUAAGUCUUCCUUUAAUAAAGAGAUUCUUCAUUUUUGUGAA